GGUGCAAGGCGAGGGGCGGCGGCAGCGGCGCUGGCGCUGUCUGAGGGAAUGCGGGCGGCCAAGAUGGCGGCCGCUGCUGCCGCCGGCGCUGCUGCCGCGGGACGGCACCUGGCGAGGAGCAGCCCCCAGCUGCGGGUGCCGGUGCGAUGGCAGGGCCGGGCGGCGGCCGCGGUGGUGACGGAGAGCACCAAGCCCCAGGUCCAGCCCCACGAGCGGAAACCUAAAACUGGCAUCUUGAUGCUGAACAUGGGAGGCCCGGAGCGGCUGGAUGAUGUCCAUGACUUCCUACUGCGUCUCUUCCUGGACAGAGACCUAAUGACGAUGCCGGCUCAAAAUAAACUGGCCCCGUUCAUCGCCAAGCGCCGCACCCCGAAAAUCCAGGAGCAGUACAGCAGGAUCGGCGGCGGCUCCCCCAUCAAGAAGUGGACGGCAGUGCAGGGAGAAGGCAUGGUGAAGCUGCUGGACAGCAUGUCCCCUCGCACUGCGCCUCACAAGUACUACAUCGGGUUCCGCUACGUGCACCCGCUGACGGAGGAGGCGAUCGAGCAGAUGGAGAAGGACGGCAUCGAGAGGGCCGUUGCUUUCACCCAGUACCCCCAGUACAGCUGCUCCACCACAGGGAGCAGUUUGAAUGCCAUCUAUCGUUACUAUAAUGAGAAAGGGGAGAAGCCGAAGAUGAAGUGGAGCAUUAUCGACCGGUGGCCCACACAUCCCCUUCUCAUUCAGUGCUUCGCUGAUCACAUCCAGAAGGAACUGAACCUGUUCCCUCCGGACAAAAGGAAAGACGUGGUGAUCCUCUUCUCGGCCCACUCGCUGCCCAUGUCUGUGGUGAACCGUGGUGAUCCGUAUCCUCAAGAAGUGGGAGCCACAGUCCAGAGAGUCAUGGAGAAGCUCAACUACUCCAACCCCUACAGGCUCGUGUGGCAGUCCAAGGUUGGCCCAAUGCCUUGGCUCGGUCCCCAGACAGACGAGACCAUUAAAGGACUGUGCCAACGAGGAAAGAAGAACAUGUUGUUGGUCCCAAUAGCAUUUACAAGUGACCACAUUGAAACCCUGUAUGAGCUGGAUAUCGAGUAUUCCCAGGUUUUAGCAAAUGAGUGUGGAGUUGAAAACAUCAGGAGAGCAGAGUCUCUCAAUGGAAAUCCGCUGUUCUCCAAGGCCCUGGCAGACCUGGUGUGCUCCCACCUGCAGUCCAACGAGGUGUGCUCCCGCCAGCUGACCCUGUGCUGCCCGCUCUGCGUCAACCCCGUCUGCAGGGAGACCAAGGCCUUCUUCGCCAACCAGCCCCUGUGAGCCCGCCACGGCCGUGGUGAGCCCGGCACAGCCGCUGUGAGCCCAGCAUGGCCCCUGUGAGCCCUGCACAGCCACCCUGUGCCCCCACGGCAACCUGCCCUGCACACGGCAACGGCCCCAGGCAACGAGGGACACCCUGGCCCAGCCCCUCCUGGGACAUACUCACAGGCUGGUGGGCUCUCCCGUGACAGCACGGGGGGGAAACUUGGCUUUGGUGUCAUUUUUCUUAUGUUUUCUUUGUUUGAGAAGAGUUUGUAGGAAGUAGGGAAAUAAGGGCAUUUAUCCUGUCAAGCCUGAGGAGAUCUCGUGUCACCCGACCCCGGUGGCACUUAGCCAGAGUCCAGCACUGAGAACUCUCACAGCUUUUUCAAAUUAGCUUCUAUUUCUAUGCAGGGUUUAUUUGUGUGCAGGUUGGUCACAAAUGCGUGAACUUCAGCCUGCCAGGUCAAGCUGCAGUUAUUUUGGGUUUGCUUAAGGUGCAGUCUGGCCAGCACAGUCACCAGAUGUCCCUUCUGAGAGGGACUUUGCAGCUGACUUUGGAGACUUUGGAGAUCAAGUGACUUCUAAUGCUUUUUAAUAAUGUGUGUAUGUAUAUAUAUAUAUAUUUUUUUUUUUAGGGCAUAAUGAUAAGGCUUUGUUUUGUUUGGUUUUCUCCUGCCAGAAACUUCCAGUGAAAGCUUAGCUGGGAUAGUAGAAUGCACAAAAAUUGUUUACAUUUUCUAGAAAAAACAUGGUCAUUAUCUGCAGGAAAGCAUCUGAAGAGCAUAAAUUGAAAGGAAUAAGCCUGCUUGGGUGAUACUGAAGAACACGUUCCAUUGGAACUGCGUGUUCCAGAUCUAGCAGGAGCAUGUAUGGAAACAUGCUGGCUUAUCUGUUAAGCAGAACGGCUUUCUAAAUUAUUAUGAUUUUUAUUAAAAAGGGCUUUCUCAGUUUGAUUACGUAAAUUUAGGAAGUCAGGCUUGCUCUCCAGAAGGUUUAUAGAUCUACUCUGUGCUUUCUACUGUGCCACAGUGCUGUGGUUUUUGUGGGAUCCCUAUGGAGUGCCAUAGGUGGGAUCGGUCUGGCUGAACUGAUGUUAUUUAAAUGGAGAUGAUCAGUGAGGAGUGAUUUACAUCCCUACAUUGCAGAUGCCUGGGGGGGCAGCCCCAGCUGCUCUGGGCCAGGAGGGGCUUUGCUGACAGGCUGUCCCCACUCAGCCCCCCAGGCAGUGUCCCCUCGAGGCACAGGGACCUCCCCUCCCGGGUGGGAGCCAAGCUGUGACCCUGUUUAGUGGGACUGAGCCAUACCUGUGGUAGUGCCGCUGUCACCUUGGGUGCACGUUUACUUGAUGUCCUUAGCACUGAAACGCCGGGACUGGGGCAGUGCAGGCUGGUUCCUGGCAAUCACUGGGGCUGGCUGGGAAGCCACGCUGCUCAUCCAGGUUGAUCUGCUCAGGUAAAGAUGAGGGACGAGCAGUUUGAACCUCUGCUCUUUGGAGAACAGUGUUUAAGGAGAGAAGAGGCCUCCGGUGGUGUGCCAGGGGUUUAUCUCGUCCUGUCCUGCUGGAAGAACUAAGGGCAGGAUACUAAAGGAGUGCAUGGAUGUGCUGAGCAGCCCGUGGGCCGAGUGCUGCCGUGGGGCUGUGUGAAUCCCUGCUACCUCUGGAGAGCUGCCUGUCUCCACUGCCAUAGCUGCUUCCCAGGGUGAGGCAGGCUGAGACUGCUGCAGUGCUGGAACCUCCUGCGUCACCGCUGUCCCUCGCAGAACUAAGUCUUCCUUGACCCUCCAAGCCUGUGCCUGUGUCAGUGGCAGGGAGCCAGAGGCAUCUCUUCUCCCUCUCUUGCUCCAUCCUUGGUCUCUGCUCGCUGCCUUGGCAGGAAAAAGGAGCACAAAUGUCCAGUAUGUCUGGCAACGCUGGCCUUACAUCUCUCCUCUGUUCCCCCUUCUCUGUGUGACACUUAGGGCUCAGUGGAAAAGGAUCUGGUUUAUCAAAUCUUCCUACUCCUGUUUCCUCCCAGCUGGAGGGGACAUGGCCUUCGGGUGGUGCAGGCUGUGACCAGCACAUUUACAAGUGUGGAGAGUGAAGGUUACCUUCAUAUGAACCUUGUGAUGCUAUAAAUACAGACUGGCUUUCCAUUUCCAUACUGGAGAGAGUCCUGAAAGUACGAGCUGGCACUGAUUCUGAGGCAUUAUGUUUGUCCCCACUAAUAAGAGGUACUUAAAAUUCACUUCUGACUGUUCUAACCACAUAAUGGGAUAAUUACUCUGUUGCUGCUAUUAGACCAUCAUGUAGAAACCACUUAAUUUUCCAGCUUUUAGCAGAUGGGGCCUGUCUCUCAGGGCUGGUGGUACUGUUUGUUGUCACAGGUUAGUUUUAACAGAGGUUCAUGAGGAGUCCCUCGUCUCUCACAGCCAGUGUCGCUGGGUUGGGUGAGUGUCUGCCCUGAGGAGGGAUGAAUCCCAUCUAUGCACGUGCCUUCCUCAGCCCUUUCCAGUGGCUUUUGUCUUUUCUCUAUUGGGUCAAAGUUUUUCUCUUUUGAGUUCCUCUCUGACCUCUCCCACGGUCCUGGCUGCGCUUCAGAGAAGGUGGGAGCUUCCAAAAGGUGCUGUGACACCGAGAGGUGUGUGGAGGGUGUCUGAACUGGCCUCCUGCCCUCCCCUGGAGGCAGUGGGGAAGGCACAGCUGAGUUCAGAGGGGCCAGGUUUUUCCUAGGCGUACCUAAAAGCUCGGUGUACUCUCCCUUCCCACCACCCCAGAGAGCUGGGAGUCACCGUGGAGUGUAGGCUGCAAGUGGGAGCAGUUCCUUUGGUUCUGUUAAUGCCAGAUGUGCACAGAUACUCGCUUGUAGCCCGACAUAUGCAUUGCAGAUCGACCAAGGACUUCCACUGCUGUAACACAGCCCAUUUGGAUAAUCCUACUGUGUGUUGUUUGCCAUAAGGAUGGAAUCUCAAUUAAACUUUUUUGGAAGAAA